AUGAGCACCACGAGCGUCAACACGGUCUCGGCCGCAUCCCACCACAUCCUUCCCUCGAAGCACGCAAAUCACAGAGAGCACACGGAGCACGCGGUCGAGGGAGAAAAGAUGGAGGCCACGACGGCGGCGUACAGCUUCACGACGUCAUCGGAAUCGCAGGCAAACUACUGUCUCCACGUCAAUCUCUCCGUCCUCGACUCUUCGGCGCAUCUGGCCGACAUCGACGGCCGGACGUGGGCGUGUCCGAUCGACAUCGACGAUCAAGACCUCACCUUUCGGGGCAAAUCCCUGAGCGCCUGGUACGAGGAGCGUCGGCGCGGAUGCCUCGACAGCGCAAACGGCCGCAUGACCGUGAUGCCGGUUCCAAGGAAGUAG